UUUGUCUUUUAUUUACUUGUUGUUUGUACACUUUUAAAAAAUUUAAAAGAUGGAUAUUGCCAAUUCGAUAUUGAGUAUUACAUGUUUGUUUUUGCAUCUAAGUUCGUCUAACGCUCUCGAGAGCAGCGUUUUUGGGAAAGUCGUAAGAGACAAGAUAGUCGGUGGGAGAGUUCCUAUUUUCGGAGAAUAUCCAUUCAUUGUCAGUAUAAGAGAAAAAGAAAACGGUCGGAGGAUAUGUGGAGGAAGUAUUGUAGCACCGAUAUUCGUUAUGACUGCGUGUCACUGCGUCUGCUUCGAGAAAGAAGGCGAAACGGUGGCCAAAUCGCCUGAAACCUUGGUGAUCAUAGCGGGCCUUCAGGUCUUUCCGGAUGUGGGGACCGCCGCGGAGGAUUCCAUCUUCAGCCAGUGGCGAAACGUGUCCGAUAUCUUCGUCCACCCGGGCUGCAAAAGGAGCCAGGACGUUUUCGGUUGGGACGGCGACUUCGCCGUGUUGACCGUCUCGACUAAAUUAAUCUUCGGAGAGCACAUCAAACCUUUCAAGAUCUUCGGCCUAAACAAAGCCGCCCUGAGGGAGGGAAUGGACGAUGUCAUGGACAAAGGCGAAGAGUGCACGCUGAUCGGCUGGGGUUCUUCGUCCAUCGCUUCUAACAAAUACAACGCCGAUGUGCUCAAAGCCGUCCAGGUGACAAUUAUAGACUACUUAAAGUGCCAAAAGGAGUUGUGCUCUUUUCAGAGAAUGUUUUGCAAUUUUACACAUUAGACGGAUUUGCCUUCAGCCUGUCUUGAACGCGUCCGUCUGCACUGGGGAUGGAGGCGGACCCCUCGUCUGCAGGGGCUUCGUCUGGGGGAUCCUCAAUUGGUCGCCCUCAUGUGGAAAACCUCAGACACCGAUCAUAUUCUCCAAAAUCGAGGAUCACUUGGAAUAUUACCUUAAAUUUAUUUUCGCCGUCUCAUCCUCCCCUAGCUCCACACGUUUGAGUCUAGCGUCCUUUGUUUUCUUAACAGUUUCCUUCAAUAUCGCAUCUGUUUUAUUAAAGAAUGAGCAAUGAAAUGGUAUACUUUCUUUCUACAGAAGGUAGCUUAAGUUAAAAUUUUACUAAUGCUCAAGCAAAUAUAUAACUAUAACUCUCGUGAAACAUCCCUGCAUAUGAAGAUUUUAUGCGUACAAUUCCGUGAACAUACGUUCGUUUGAUAAAUAAAAAACAUGAAUUUAAAGGAGUGAUUGUCCAGGAUUUUCACUCUGUAUGUUUUAUUUUUUGAGGGAACAAAAAUGUAAAAUAUGCGAAAAUGGCCCAAACUGUGACGAAAGGGCCUUACUGUCGUUCCCUGCUUAUGUCCUUGACGUCACGCCUUCUAUCGUCUUUACCAGUCAAUGACAAAACUUUUUCAAAAUAAUUUUCCAUCCCCGAAACCAACAAUCAAACAAAUGUUUGUCAUCAUCAAAUACACGCUGAAAAAUAAACUGGAUGAAAGAAGAAGAAAAUAAUGAUUUAUAUGAAAAAAUGGCUCAACCAGAGGUUUUUGAAAAAUAGUAGUUUUUAUGAAAUGAAGGUGUUUUUCCGCAUAAACAUGUUCCUUGCGUCAUUAUAGCAGUUUGACACAGGCGAAAUGAGCAUUAGAUCGAAUGGGCCUUACAGCCUCUCCCUACUUAUACCCUUGAGGUCGCACCUACUAUGGCUUUUUCUACUGAAUAACAAU